CUUUCCCAUCCUCCCAUCCUUCUCGGCAGCGCAGGAAGCAGUAAGUCAGUAGUAGUACAAGUACGCAGCGUAAAUUUACAGUAGUGCAGCGCAGCGCUGCAGCAGGAGCCAGCCAGCCAGCCUCCAGGCCAGGCCAGGCCCCAGGGGCACAUCGUGCGCGGACUCGACCUAAUUCGUAAAUUUCGCUGCCACUACUGCGAGCUUGUCGACCGUCUGGCCCGGUAGCGCAGCUAUUCGCCUGCUAGGUACAGAUUCCGCUACUGUACAGUACUCGUACGUACUGUACACUCUUGCGUCGUUCUGUUUCUGAAUAUUCCAGUUCUCUUCACCACCACCACUACUUUCAUCGACGCUUGACUAUCUGCCUAUCUGCCUAUCUGUCUGUCUGUCGUUUCUGCCACGCCGGCAUAAGCUGCAAUACUAUAAACCUCCCCACUCUUUUUCAUCUCGGCGCAGGUCCACCGUCACAGUACUAGUCCCACGCAUCGCAUCGUACAUAUCCGCACUGCAUCCACAUCCACGCACUGUCGCCGCGUCCAAUCCGAAUCCCCGCCUGCCACUACUCCUGGCGCCUCAACUCAACUGCACCGAUUAACCAACUCCGGCCCGUGUAGGGGUGUAUCUUCCAGCACGGAACAUGCAUGCUUCCAUCUGCACUGCACUGCUGCAGCUGCAAUCGCCAUCGCCGUGAACCUCUAUCCUUUUUUCUCUCCAAGUCUAAUUUCUCUCCGCCUUUGCAUUUUCGACGCGAUUUCCACUCUCUGAAAGAUCACGCAUUCGUUGUCAGCAGUAGGACGACCUUCACGCGCUGUCGCCUCGAAACACAGACCCCUCCCGUCCGACCUUCUCCCUCCUGUCAAUCGUUCGAAACCACCAGUCGUCGGCUCGCGGCAUCGAAUAACCGUGCUGCAGGUUCCCUUCUCUUGUCACUUACACCAAAACCACCUCGAGUCCGAAACAUAUAUCAGGCGUAUUAUCCAGCUACAAAAAUCUCCUUAGCCUAGGACGACGAAUCUACAGCCGGCUGACGAUCGAAAUCGAAACGACGGCUUGUCCAUCUCCCGCGCCAAUUCCUUAUCUGGGGAUAUAACACGAUUGAGGAACAUUGAGUCCACGAAAGUUGUCGCAUAAUUCAAGAGAAUCAACAUUUUGGGGACAAUUAACUCCGACAAAGCGUACCUCAAUUCAAAUACUCGCAACAGGACUGAUUCAUUUUUCUUUGUUGGCAUUGAGAGUUUGGACCAGCUCUUCCCUGCGGACCUGCCAACGGCUGUCAGUACAAGGGUGCCGGGAAAAUAUACUUAAGCACCCGCGACUUCAGGACCAUUCACCAAUCGGGCUGCUGCAUAAUUUUGAAAGGAAGUGCAUGCCACAAGCUGGGUUGGGUACACGUCGCCGAUAACGAGACCUUUGUGCGAUCCAAAGACCAUAUCAAAGAUUUAAAGUUUUGGGUCUUGCAGCCCCAAGUUUCAUGGAGGGCUAGGGAUCUACGGCUUGGUAGACCACUGAAGGACGACAGCCUCCUGUAUAUUAUCGUUCAGUCCUCAUCUGCACAUAUUUUGUCCUGCAACUCCUUUAUUCACGAUGCAAGCCUCCAUACCGCGGCCGUCAAGGCCGUCUUAUGGGCCACCAACAACCGCUUUACCGGCAUUGCCUGUGUCUAAGACGCGCAAGAGCACGGGAAACAUUUCCUCCAUCUCCGAUUUGAAAUCUGGAUCGUUAACACCAAAUGUACCGAAAAGCGGUCUCCGCGCCCCUUCGUCGUCGCAUCUCCCAAAUCCAACCACCCCUGGAGGAAAUGGAGGAUCAUCAACACUCCCAAAAUCGAAAGCGACUCCCGGAGUAAAUGGCGCCGGCAAGACGAUAAGAAAGACCAUUAGUAUAAACGCAUUUCCACAGCCGCCUCGGGGCAUUCGAACUACAAGUCUGCCACCGAGUCCGUUAUCUGGAGGAGCUGUUCCAGGAGGGCCAAUAUCCAGUGUAGUCGGAAGUAGAAGGGAAUCCACAGAUACGAGUCCUGCCGGCACCAAAGCUCGCAAACGAAAGACCGGAUCGAGUCCAAAGAGUCAGAGCCAAAGCUACGUUGGCAAUGUUACUCCCAGUCUACUCAAUGGUAGCGGAGACAGCAGAUCGAUAUCUAGUGGGCCAGGGGCACGAGGAUCAGAUGAUUCUUAUUCGACCUCAGCAACGACUUUUGAGGAUAACGGAGAUGGACCUCGAGGGAGAGAACUCUCGGCAGAUGCUACGGACGAUCACAGAAUGUCAAAGCCGGCCGAGGGAAAGGGGAAUGUCAUAGUCAGCGUUCGAGUCCGCCCAGAUGCUGGAACCAAUGGACAGCCUGUGAAAACGGACGGCGAGUGGAUGGUAGACGGAAGGAGGUCACUGGUUGCAUACCGAGGAAAGGAAGGGGGAGACUACUAUUAUGAUAACGUUUUCGCAACUCAUGACAAUAAUGCCAAAGUUUAUGAUUCUUCGGCGAAACGACUAGUUCGACGAGUAAUGGAAGGAUAUCAUGGGACAGUCUUUGCGUACGGUAUGACUGGAACAGGAAAGACAUUCUCUAUGCAGGGAACUGCCACUUCUCCAGGUGUCAUCCCACUUGCCAUCACAGACAUCUUCUCAUACAUUCGCGAAACUCCUUCUCGAGAAUUUUUACUUCGGGUCAGUUACCUGGAAAUUUACAACGAGAAGAUUCAUGAUUUGUUGAGCGCCCCACCAGCUGGCACAAUCCCUGGACCAGGUGUACCUCAGCAGGAAGAAAUCAAGCUGAGGGAGGACAGCAAACGAGGUGUCUAUGCGAGUCCUUUGAAGGAGGAGAUCGUACAAAGCCCCACGCAACUGUUGAGAGUGAUUGCCAGAGGUGAUCACGCUCGAAGGACAUCAAGUACGCAGUUCAAUGCCAGAAGUUCUCGGAGUCAUGCAGUCGUCCAGAUUGUCGUCGAAAGCAGGGAACGGAUUCCAGGAGGAGCGGCAAUGAGUGAUAACAAGCGAUCUGGUCUUCUUCCAGGAGGCGUACGUGUCUCAACAUUGAGUUUAAUCGAUUUGGCUGGGUCCGAGAGAGCUGCCGAGACCAAGGAACGAAGGACCGAAGGUUCCCAUAUUAACAAGAGUUUGUUGACUCUUGGUACGGUCAUUGCUCGUUUAUCUGGAGACAAGGACAAGGACGGCAAACCUACGGACAAGGAUGGGAAGCAUCUUCCCUACAGAGAUAGUAAACUCACUCGACUUUUGCAAGGAGCUUUGUCGGGAGAUUCGCUUGUCAGUAUUCUUUGCACGAUCCAAAUCGGGUCAGCUGGCAGUGCUUCUGCACAGAACACGCACACUGGCGAGACGCUCAAUACCUUGAAGUUUGCAUCGAGGGCAAAGAACAACAUUGUCAGCCACGCCAAGAAGGCCGAAGAGGCAUUGGGAGCAGGCGGAGAUGGCGGUGCAAGAGUACUUCUCGAACGAUAUCGAAUGGAGAUUCUCGAACUUCGGGGUCAACUUGAUGGUCAAGCAAAAGCGAAAGAUGAGGAUGACGAGCGAGAGCGCGAGAAGGAAGCUGAACAGCGUCAUGAGGAGCAGAUGCUCGAGAUGCAACUUGCCCGAACGGCGCUGAAGGAGCGUAUCGAGCAUCUCAAUCGUCUUAUUCUCAGUUCGAAGUCAACAGGUGUCAACGCAAGUGGCUCGUAUUCCUCACUGGGUAUGCAUCCAAGGCUGUCAGCCAUGACAUCAAAUGGUCAUUUGUCUCAGAUGUCCAUGCGCUCUUCUAUGGCAGCUUCGACUGCCGGAAGGAACUCGCUGGAGCGUACGGCUUCGGUGAACUCGGUAUCCACUGUUGGUGCACUACCAAAUGGUCAACGACUUUCUGGGGAACGGUUAUCGGGUGGGUCUGCCGAGGAUGAGGACUCGAUAGGGGAAUUUGGUGAUGGUACCGCAUCCUUACAAGCCCAAAAUCGUGCGCUACAAGCAGACCUUGCCGAUAAGACUCGAUACUGUCAAACUCUCGAAAAGCGCCUGAUUCAAGCUAGGAGGUCAAGUCAUUCCAGAACCUCGGUUGGAUUCUCAAAUGCCAAGAAUGGCGUUAUGGUCGGCGAGGAUCACGGUGUUGCAGCGUUGCUCAAGGAGAAGGAUUCCGAAAUCGCUGAUCUCCGAGCUCGACUGGAUGACAAAGAUCGGAUGUUGGCUGCAUUAAGAAGCGCCGCAAGGUCGCGAGAUACGGCUGAAGGUCCACGAGCAUCCCAAACCUUGCAUAUGCUGGAGAAUGGUCCUCUGAGUCCAGUCUCUGCACGUGCGUCACAGCUACUUGACAACGGUCCGCUAUCUCCUGUUCUGGCAGCAGGUCCGGUUGGUCUUCUAUCGCCGAAAACUCGCAAGCGAACGAAGAGUGUUGACGAGAUGAGCAAGAUGCUCGACGAAAUGAUUCAGGAUCGUGUGGAGAGCGGACACUUGGUAAAGGGUGCUCGAGGCAGCGUUCGGAUAGCCAGCGAGCGGAAACGUGAUACCCUCGCCGAGUCCCUGUUGGGUGCUGAAGCAAAGGCCCCAUUGGUAAUAUCUGCCGAGCCACCAGCGGUCGCCUCGGAGGUAUGAAUGAGAUCAGCAAUGAUCUGUGUAAGAGUGUAUGUUUGGCGGUGGGGUGAACAUAUUUUGAUUUUCGGCGUUUGGGCGAACGAGUGGCAUCUCACACUGCCUCAGUUCUAAUUCUGCUUCCUCUAUACCCCAUUUUGCAGUCCGUCGUUAUCCCCAUAGCGCAUCUUGAUCCCUUUGUCGAUUUUUGGUUUUGGUUUGCAGCACAAAGAACGGAGGAAGAAAGUAUUCGAUUCGCGUUCAAUUUCUUUAGAUAGGGAGAAAGAAAGAGGGAUGUGGCUCGCUGCCACAUGUAAUAUAUGUUAUUGGGCACGCACAAGAUUGAGUGGUGGGGAUCGAUGGACUUUGAAUAUUUUACACUCGGCGUUCUGAGCGUUAAUGGAAAUGGAUGGUGAUGGAUCAGAUGGAAUGGAAAUGGAUGGGCCGGAUGGACGAUUGUGUAGAUACCAUGAUCGAUAGAGGUGGAUGUGGUUGAUAGAUGAUAAUGGAUUCAUCGAGCGAGCGAGGAAAGGAGAAGGGAGAAAGUAGCGAGCGAUUGAGCGACUAGCGGAUAAUGAGAUGCAUUAUGUGAUGAAAUAACCCCCCUCCCUUUUCUCCUUGAUUUGUACAGUAUGCAAGAGAUUCUGUUUGUGAUACGAGGCUGAGGCUGAAUCGGUUCUGUCUGUUUGCUUCUUUUUCUUGUCGUAUACGCGUAGCUGGCUUGGGGGAGAGAUGACAGAUGUUAAUCGUAUGAGUCCCGAGGGAAAAGAAACGACAAGAAGUGGUAGGAGAGAAUACGGAGGCAUUCUACUGGUGGGUUAUCAUGGGUGAUGACGAUUCUUUGCGGGAUGUGAUGGGUGGGAUGGUUGUGAGAAGUGAGAUGCGAGUGGUUGAAGUGAAGACCCUUGUCCUUGUUGCUGUAAAUGGCUGUUUACUUGUUUAUGACCUUUUGGAACAACUGAAAUUAUAUUGAUAUGUAUUGGUGUACUGCAUAUGUAAUGGUAAGAUAGCGCAGGCGAAUAGAGAGCAAUAUGGCUUGAUAUUGCUUAUAGAUAGCAUAGCGCUACGGAAAGAUGUUUAGAACUUUCGAACGGACUGACAGGCUGCGUUCGGUUUAACCAACCGACAUGUUUCGUCAACAAACAUGCCGUUUGGCAGUCCCAUAUUCUUUCUUACCAUGAACUAACAGUCUUUGGACAACCCCAGUGGAAUAACCGGUUUCAUCAAACACGGAGGAUUCUGUUUGUACGCUGGUUGGGUGUACCGGAGCUAUAUUUGGGACAUCUCGUUUGGUACAGCGUUAAAUUCAAGAUAAGUGGUUGGUGGCGGUACGCGGGCAAGAAAUACUAAGAGAAGAGGAAUGAUGGGAAGGAUUGAUACGAACUCGAGUUAUGAUAGCACCAUUAAAUGAAUUAUUCGGAGAUGCUGACGGCUGACUGCAGGUGUGUGGUAUUAUGUAAAUAGCUUCUGGAUAUUCGAGUCUUGUGGUCAGAAGAAGUCGGUGACAGCUCGCUUGAGAUUUACCCCUUUCUUCACGUCUUCUUGAGCUGAGGCACAGAUUCGGAUGCAUAAACAUAUCUGCACAUUUAUGAAGAUCGUGAGAAACACAUAAAGUAAUCCGAACAUGCGGCUUUCAUCUCAAAGCCUGCUCCCUCCCAAAUGCUUGAAAUCUCCAUCUUGCAACUCUUCGCGUUUGAGGCUAGACCUGAAGGAGGGGAUACAUGAUGUUGGUCGGAUCUGAAUCAUCUGAUCACGUUGGCUCUGAUAUGUGCCCCAUUAUUGGCUGGGAGGUAGGCGGAGUUUUGUGCGUUAGACUGUUUCAGAGUUGCAUGGGAUCAUGGGAUGGGCGUGGAGCGAGGAAGGCGACAGUAGUUGAUCGCCCCGAGCCGAGGAUGCUAAUUGGAAUUCGGUGUUGGUGUUUCGGUAGGCUGGC